AAAACGGGCGUGGCUUUGGGGCGCCCCGCCCAGAGAGAGCCUCACCUGGAGAAGCUUCUUCUCCUCCUUCGGAGGCUUUGCUUUCAGAGCGUCGGAGGAAGGAGAAGAAGGAUUAGGAGCAGGAGGGGGAGCAGAAAAAGAAGAGAAGGAGAAGGAGAAAAAGGAGAAGUGCUCAAGGGCAAGGGCGACUUUUCCCCCCCUUUCUAUCUCUCUCUGUCUCUCUCCAAGCCAUGCUUCAGGGCGCCUACCUUUUCCUCCUCCUGCUCCAGGCGGGUCCUGGCUCCUGGGGCUCCCUCCACCCGCCUUGUGUCCCUGGCUUCCUGGCUCAGCACUUUGCCUUCGCCUCCUCCAAACUAGACCUUCCUCCAGGACACAUUUUGGGGAAAGUGCCCUUUGUGGACUGCCAAGGCGGUUUUCCGGCUUCAUUUGUGGUGGACGAUGCGGCUUUCCAGGUUUUGGCUGAUGGAACGCUUCUGGCCCAGCAUCACCUGCGCCUGCCUGAGUCGGGGAAGACCUUCUCGGUGCGCACCUGGGAUGCUUCAGGGACCCAACACUCCACCUUGGUGACUGUGCGGCACGAAAGAGGGCCCUCCCAGGAUGAAAAAGAAGAAGCGGGGAAGGUGCUUUCCUUUCCGUUGGGGAAACCUGGUCUGAAGCGGCAGAAGAGAGACUGGGUGAUCCCCCCCAUCAGGGUCCCUGAAAAUGAACGGGGCCCCUUCCCCAAAAAGCUGGUUCAGAUCAAGUCCAACCGGGACAAAGACACCAAGAUCUUCUACAGCAUCACAGGUCAAGGGGCCGAUACCCCUCCCGAGGGGGUUUUCACCAUUGAGAAGGAAACCGGGUGGAUGAAGGUCACUCAACCACUGGACAGGGAGCACAUCGACAAAUACCAUCUCUUUUCACACGCCGUGUCCGAAAACGGCAAGUCAGUGGAGGAGCCCAUGGAAAUCAUUGUGACAGUCACCGACCAGAACGACAACAAGCCCCAGUUCACCCAGGAGGUCUUCCGGGGGUCCGUCCUGGAGGGAGCCACUCCUGGGACCUCCGUGAUGCAGGUCACGGCCACGGAUGCGGACGACGCCAUUGAGAGCUACAACGGGGUCAUUGCUUACUCCAUCCUCAGCCAGGUCCCCGAAGAGCCCCACAGGCAGAUGUUUGCCAUCAAUCGGGCCACUGGUGCCAUCAGCGUCAUCGCCAGCGGGCUGGACCGGGAGAGAGUAAGAGAAUACAUCCUGACCCUGCAAGCAGCUGAUUUGGAUGGCGACGGACUAACGAGCAGCGCUAAGGCCGUGAUCGAGGUGGCGGACGUCAAUGACAACGCGCCUGAGUUCAAACAGCAGGCGUAUUCGGUGGAGGUUCCUGAGAAUGAAGUGGGGCUGGAGGUGGUGCGCCUGGAGGUCACCGACAAGGACGAACCGGGAUCUUUAGCCUGGAGAGCCGCCUUUUCCAUCACGCAAGGCAAUGAACGGGGCUUCUUCCGCAUCUCCACCGACCCAGAGACCAACGAAGGCAUCCUGGCCACCGCCAAAGCCUUGGACUUUGAGGAGCAGAGACAGUUUGUGCUACAGGUGGAGGUCGCCAACGAGGCUCCCUUUGCUGUCCGGCUGCCCACCUCCACGGCUACCGUCACGGUCAACGUGCGGGAUGUCAAUGAGGCGCCGGCCUUCGCACCCCCGGUCCAAAGAGCUCAGGUCUCAGAGGACGUUCCUGUGGAGAGCCAAGUCACCAUCUUCACAGCUCAGGACCCUGACCAAGAGCAGCAGCAGACCAUCAGGUACUCCAUUGGGAAUGACCCAGCUGCUUGGCUGGCCAUUGACCCCGAAAGCGGCGCCAUCAAGACCCGAAAUAAGCUGGACCGGGAAUCUCCUCUGGUCCAGAACAGCACCUACAGAGCCAUUGUGCUGGCCGUGGACAAUGGGACCCCUCCAGCCACAGGGACCGGCACCUUGAUCCUGACCUUGCUGGACGUCAACGACAAUGGCCCAGUGCCCGACCAGCGGGAACUGACUGUCUGCAACCAUCGUCCGGAGCCCCAGCAGCUGCACAUUUUGGACAAGGACCUGCCACCCAACACCUCUCCCUUCCGCGCUGAGCUUGUCCACGGUUCGGAGCAAAACUGGGAUGUGGAGAUGGAUGCCAAAGGUGAGGUGGCCACCUUGAAGCUGCUGGACCCCCUCAAGCAGGGCACCUAUGAUGUCCAUCUGAAGCUCUUCGACAGUCAGGACCUGCACCAAGUGACCGUCCUCAAGGUCACAGUCUGCGAGUGUGAGGGUCCUAUUGAUCGGUGUCCUGAGAAGCAGCUGGCUGGCGUUGGGGGUGCGGUCAUCUUGGUCAUCCUUGGGUCUGUUUUGGCCCUGCUGAUCUUGCUGCUCGUGCUCUUCCUGUUUAUGCGGCGCAAGAAAGCGGUCAAGGAGCCCCUUUUGCUGCCAGAAGAAGACACUCGGGACAAUAUCUUCUAUUACGGCGAAGAGGGAGGCGGAGAGGAAGAUCAGGACUAUGACCUCAGCCAGUUGCACAGAGGCCUGGAUGCUCGUCCAGAGGUCGUUAUACGGAACGAUGUGGCACCCACUUUGCUGCCCGCCCCACAGUACCGCCCACGCCCGGCGAACCCAGAUGAGAUUGGCAACUUCAUCCACGAGAACCUGAAGGCGGCCGACGCGGACCCCACGGCGCCCCCUUACGACUCCCUGCUGGUCUUUGACUACGAGGGCAGCGGCUCUGAAGCCGGAUCGCUCAGCUCCCUGAACUCCUCUUCCGACGGAGACCAGGACUACGACUAUCUCAGCGAAUGGGGCAACCGCUUCAAGAAACUGGCUGACAUGUACGGCGGAGGCGAGGAAGAGGAUUGAAGGCCGGAAGAAAGGGGGCAACGGCCUCUCUUCACCCCAAUAGGACUCUCCUGGCUGCCAAACCCAUUGUUUGUUUAUAAUUUUGGGGGGUCCUGCCUCCUGACUUUACAUUUCAGAAUGUGCCUAAGAGGGUUUCCAAGCCCAUCUCUGAAUAUUUCUCUUUAUCCUUCCUGCUGGAGUGCCUCUGGAUCCAGGUGCGUCCUUAACUGCAAGAUAAAAAAUACCUGCAAGGUAUUUGCAGCUAGGUUCAUAAUAAAACCCCCAAAUCAGCCUUCGCCACCUUUCCACGGAGCCAAAGGAUGCCCAUUCCUUGCCAUUGGGGCCCUGGGUUAAGUUGGCACCUGGUGACGAUGCAAGGGAAGGACUUCAGGUGUGUUUAUUUGAGGGAAAGGCAGGUAAAGAAGGUUCCUAGAGCCAUGCAUUCUGGAGAAAGGCCAUCCCAUUGCUGCCUCAUCGGUUGCCCGGCCUUUGCAACCCUCUCUUCCCUUCCCAAAACAAUAUCUCUUGUGCUGCCUCUUUUUAAAAUCAUACUAAUGAUAAGCCUAUCCUAAGUGUCCCUAGAUGAGAUUGUGGGGCUUUUUUGUUUUUGUACUGUGUAUGAUAUAGACUCUGAGAUGAUGAAAGGAUUGGACAAUCAGGGUGUACAAGUUUUAAUAAAGGAUUUUCUUCUUUUUUAAGAAA